AGCAACUUCUAUUUCUUCUUCUUGACUGAGAUGGAGCUAAAAGGUUUGGGGUUCGUCCCCCUUCUGUUGGCAUUUUGGUGUGCGGCCUGGCUUGCCACCAGCUACAUCGUGACGGUCGUCCUCGGCCAUGCCGCCUCGCCACUGAUGCACAUCAGUGACGUGGGAAAUUUCUUUCCCGAAAACAUAUUAUUGAGAAUUGGUUUCAUAGGGACAUCCAUUGGCACUUUGGUACUAACCUUUCUUAUUUAUAAGUAUAUGGUUAUGCAUACUGAAGAGUUCAGGGGUCAUCAGGUCCCGAUCCAGAGGAUCCUGCUCGCCAUUGUGUGGGCCUCCUGUUUUGGUACAGCUGUCAUGCAUGUAUUGUCCCCCGAAGAAUAUCCCAGGAUACACUUUGUCAGCAUGAGCUAUAUUUUUGAACCACUUCUAACAUUCCUGAAGGGACUGGAGGGCCUCUCAUUAUAUGUAAUGGGAGACUUUAUCUGCCCCAUGGAUCUGGUCAGGGACGAGCGGAGAGGCCUCUCAAAAUUUACCACAAGGCAAACAAUAUCAGCUUAG